GCGGCCAUGCCGGGGCUGCGGCAGGCGGAGCAGCGCCCGGCGCCGGGACGGGCGGCGGACGGGCAAAAUGGAUCUCGCUCUGCUCUUGGCAGCGCUCCUGGGACUCCUCAUUGUCAAGGCUCUUUUGUUUCAGCUGAGAAACCCGAGCUCCCCUCCCUGCAUCAGGAGCUGGAUCCCUUGGUUUGGAGCUGCGUUUCAGUUCGGGAAAGCUCCUCUGGAGUUUAUAGAGCAAGCCAGAAAGAAGCAUGGACCUGUGUUCACAAUAUUUGCUCUGGGAAAACGGUUCACUUUUGUGACUGAGGAAGAAGGAACUGAAGCAUUUUUUAAAUCUGAAGACUUAAAUUUUGAACAGGCAGUACAGCAAGCUGUCAAGAAUGCAGUCUCUGUUCCUGCAGAAGCAUUUUAUCAGAACCAUGGUAACCUCUACAGCAUGAUGAAGGGGAAGAUGAGUCCCAGUAACCUGCACAUGUUCUCAGGCACUUUGUGUAAGGAGCUCCAUGAGCACAUGGCUCACCUGGGCACAGAGGGCAAGGGUGACCUCAAUGACCUGGUAAGGCAUGUCAUGUAUCCAGCGGUGGUGAACACCCUGUUUGGGAAGGGCAUCUGCCCAACCAGUCCAAGUGAAAUCAAGGAGUUUGAAGAGCAUUUUCAGAAGUAUGAUGAGGACUUUGAAUAUGCUUCUCAGAUGCCUGAGUGCUUCCUGAGGAGCUGGUCUAAAUCCAAAAAAUGGCUUCUAAAAUUAUUUGAGAAAGUAGUGUUGGAUGCUGAAAGGACCAACCCUUCAGAGACUGCAUCCAAGACACUUCUGCAACAUCUCCUGGAUAACUUGCAGGGAAAACAUCUAGCUCCCAAUUAUGGCCUCCUGAUGCUCUGGGCUGCCCAAGCAAACGCUGUGCCUGUUGCAUUUUGGACCCUUGCUUUCAUACUCUCUAAUCCUGCCAUUUACAAGAAAGUCAUGGAAGACCUGGCUUCUGUUUUUGGCAAAGCAGGUAAAGACAAACUGGAAGUCUCUGAGGAAGACCUGAAGAAGAUCCCUUUCAUUAAAUGGUGCACUUUGGAAGCCAUACGGCUGAGGUCUCCAGGUGCAAUCACCAAGAAAGUCAUAAACCCAAUUAGAAUUAAGAAUUUCACCAUCCCUGCAGGUGACAUGCUGAUGUUGUCACCAUAUUGGUUGCACCGGAAUCCAAAAUAUUUUCCUGACCCAGAAAUGUUCAAACCUGAUCGUUGGAAAGAGGCAAAUUUAGAGAAGAAUGCUUUCUUGGACAGCUUUGUGGCAUUCGGAGGAGGGAAGCAUCAGUGUCCAGGAAGUCUGGAGGGCCAGUGCUUUCCUCCCUUUUUGUGCAGGUGGUUUGCAAUCAUGGAAAUCCAGCUGUUGGUUGUGCUGUUCCUGUACAAGUAUGAAUUUGUGCUCUUGGAUGCAGUGCCAAAGGAGAGCCCUUUACACUUGGUGGGGACACAGCAACCCAUGGCACCAUUACAGGUCCGGUAUAAAUUUCGGGAAUGAAAGUUGUGCAGCACUGACCUUUCUUUGCCAGCCCAUGCUGGAUGGAUGGACCACUAAGCUGCUUCCUAAUCCCACAUCUUCAGACAGCUUCUCUGCCUGCAGAGUUCUUGAUUUCAGCUUUCAGUGCUGUACACUGUGCUGUGCCAAACCAGUGCAGUCGUACCUGUGCUCUUCCCCGGCUGCCCACCUCCCAGUGCUUCAGUCCAAGCUCUCCUGCUGCAUUCAUAAUUUGUGGGCCAGUUACUCACUGACUUUGCAAAUCUGAUAUACUAAACUCACCAACCAAACGUUCAGGACAAAAAGCUGCAGUGUCUGGAAAUCCUGUGUGGAAGCUGUGCCAGAACCAGCAGAGAAGCAGCUCCCUUGGGCCAGGUCACUGCUUCCUGCAGGGCGCUUCAAACCAAGGCCAAAGUGGUGCCUGAUGCUAAGAAAUCUCAUUGGUAACAGCAAACAGCUCCCUGGUGCUGGUGUGCACAAAAUCCAGGACAGUCUGAGCAGAGACCUCUGGAUCAGCUCCACAUCCUGAUAAACUGUGGGGACUUGUGUGUCACUGCCUGGGUGGGCAGGUGAAGGUCCGGCCUGCUCUGCCUACAACCAGUGCCAACUUCUUGUGAAUAAAAUGCAUUUGUAAUGGAAAAAUUGCCAGCAUUUGGGAUCUGUUCCACUGGAGCACCUGAAAUUUCUGCUGAGCUUUAUUUUGCUCCACAGGAUUCAGAAUUGGUCCUUGCAGGAAUUUGCAAUGAAAGUUUGACCAAGUUUAGCUCCCAAUAAAAAGUGAUUGCAAGGAAAGCUGUUCCUGCUCAUGAGACUGGUUGUCUGUUAUCUAGAACACUUUUACUUCUCCUUCCAUGAGUUAUAGAACAAAUUGCACAAAUCUAAGAAUAUUUAAUCCUGUAAAGAAUACCUAGUAAAAGUUGUUUGAACAUGCUGUCAAAUAAGUUCAGAUACCAACACUUUAACUGCUGUCAGAUUUAAUAUACAAUAAUAGCUGGCAUGUAUUUUUAGUCUUGUAAGGAAAGAUUAUUCAUCAUUUUAAAAGUAUUUGCAAAAAAAAUCCCCUCAUACAAAUAGACUUUGAACAACAGAGCAAACUAUGGGAACAACAUGCAUAGGAAAAUAACACAUUGUAUAAUUCAUUACAUGGUUGGCUUACCUUCGUGAUGGAUAGAACAACUUCAGUGAUUUAUAUGGCUGGAAAAUAAUUCAUCCAACUUUUAUUUCAGCCCAUAAUGGUUAACUGUGUAAGAGUUGCAAUCUUAAUUGCUGUUCAAGUGUCUCUUCCAUAACUGAAGGCCAUUCCCUUGGAUUUCAUGCAUGGUAUUACCUGGAAGUGUAUAUUUUAAUUUUAAAAUUUGGAAAUGACCAUAAUAUUUGUAAGGCAGGCUGGAUGGUCUUCUGAGCAACCUGGUCUAGAGGAAGGUGUCCCUGCCCAUGGCAAAGGAUUGGAACUGGGUGAUCUUUAAGGUCCCUUCCAACCCAAACCAUUCUGAUUCUGUGAUGAUUUUUAUAAAUAUUUUGCACUCACAGACCUCCACCCUGAUCUGCCAGAGCAGGAGGCAGGAUGAGGCCACUGCUGCUGUUUGUCUGAGUGCUGAGUGUUUCUGUCUGAGCUGGCCACUGGAACCAUCAGUGGAUACACACAUUUUACACAUCUGUGGAUGUGUCUGCUGGAUCCAGGGGUGUGGAGCUGCAGCAGCCUCACCUCUGUGGGGCUACUGGAUUUAGCAACUCCCCAUCAGUCAUGAAUCAGCCAUGAAAACAUUAGUCCUGAAAGGCAGGACAUGUUUUUAUUGGAAGUGCAGGCUUUUGACAGGAAAGAAAUACCUGUUCAUGGCAGAGGUGAAGAAAAGUGGGCCUGACUGGAGUUCCACACUGCCCUGUUGUAUGUGACAGCUCCAGGCACUCACUGUACUUUCCAAGGUGGAAAAAAACAAGGGAGGUGGAUUAGUAAAGCAAUGUGGUGGUCAAGUGAUAGAGCUAAAAGGGGUCUUCUGCCUGGAAAUAAUCCAGAAGCUUCUGGAAGAGGAAAAGACUUUUCCAUGGGACAGGGUUAAACAGGCAUUAAAAGGUCAUUGAGAUACCCUGUGCAGGAGUGGAUUAAGAGUAUCUAAAUUAUUCUUCUUCAAGUGCUUGUCCAGUCAGCUCUUAAAUAACAGCAGUGCCAAAUUUCCAUGGGGAAUCUGUCCUCUUACCUGACUCUCCCUGCUGUUAGAAAGCUGUCCUACAAAUCAGGACAUAGCAGGAAUCAGAGUAAGGUUUUAUCCAUGCCAUUACCACAAGACUGUAAGAAGUCAAAGAUUUUUAAGCCCACAGAGAAAUAAAAUGUAUUUCAAGCUACCUUUUUUAUUUCUACCUUCUGUAUGAAGACUGGGUGUUAAAGGGAAAGUAAUAGAGCAUCCCUCAAAAAAAAUCUUAGAAAAUGUAACUCUUCCUCCUCCAGAUGUGGCAAAGGCCAGCUCUACCUGAUAAAUUCCCAUGUCAAAGUCAUUGAAACAAUGGUAAGAGUUGUCUUAAUGAGACAGGAAAUGUAGU